CCCGCCGCGGGGAACACCCCUUCCAGCAGCCCUGAGCCCCCAGGUGUCCAGCCUCGCCCUCCCUGCGCUCAGUGUUCCCACCCCCACCCCCAGUGAAAUGGGAUUGCAUUGUGCCGGUGGCCGGGAGAGGCCCCCUCCUGACAGCCUCCUCUGCUGGGCAUGAUGGGUGGGAGGGAGGUGAGACUGAGGUGGCCUCAGGACACGGAAGCCGUGUCCCACAGGAGGAUGGCUCUGGAAGAGGGCCGGAGCCUGCCCGAGGUGCGGGCGCGAGUGGGGGCUUCGCAUGGCAUCACCGACCUGGCCCACAAGCUUCACUUCUAUGACCAAUGGGCUCCGGACUAUGACCAGGACGUGGCCACCCUGCAGUACCGCGCUCCCCAGCUCGCAGUGGACUGCCUCACCCGAGCCCUUCCAGGUCCACCCCACGCUGCCCUGAUCCUGGACGUGGCCUGUGGUACUGGCCUAGUGGCUGCAGAGCUGCAGGCUCGGGGCUUCCUCCAGCUGCAUGGGGUGGAUGGGAGCCCAGGGAUGCUGGAACAGGCCCGGGCCCGUGGCCUCUACCAGCGCCUCAGCCUCUGCACCCUGGGUCAGGAGCCUCUACCCAGCUCUGAAGGGACCUUCGACGCGGUGCUGACGGUGGGCGCCCUCAGUGACGGCCAGGUGCCCUGCAGUGCCGUACCUGAGCUCCUGCGAGUUACCAAGCCAGGUGGGCUGCUGUGUCUGACCACCAGGACCAACCCAUCCAACCUGCGUUACAAAGAGGCGCUGGAGGCCACCCUGGCCAGGCUGGAGCAGGCCAGGGCUUGGGAACGCCUGGGGGCCUGGCCGUGGACCAGUGGGAACUGGCCACCUCCGAGCUCGAGGUGGGGCCUGGCGCCUCUGACAGCGACGGCUUCAUCUCCGGCAUCGUCUAUCUGUACCGAAAGCAGGAGGCAGCCCAGGCUGAGGGAGUGAGGCCCAGUGCCUAGCCCCCAGCUGGGCUCCGAGCCUCCAUGAGGCCUCGGCCGGGCGCAUCGUUGGGCCUCCUCUGCUUUGCCUGUAAAACGAGGCCGCUGCACCAACCCUGCCCCUCAGGAGAGCUAUGCCUAUUAAAUGAGUCCCA